UGUCUAAGCACAAGUAAUUAAGCGCUCGAGAGUUCCAAAGCGUAAAGCUUGGCCGACCAGGACACAGGCGUCGACCGUCUCCGGCAGUAAUUACGUCAUGGCAUUCCUGAGUGUCCAUCUGCUGGCAUUCAUUUUCGGCCUCUUGGGUAACAUUGUCGGGUUCCUGGUCUUCUUGGCGCCCCUCCCGACUUUCAUCACGAUCUUCAAGAAGAAGUCAUCGGAUGGGUUCCAGUCGAUACCUUACGUGGUGGCACUCUCGAGCGCAAUGCUGCUGCUGUAUUAUGGGUUCCUCAAGACAGAUGCGACCUUGAUCAUCAGCAUCAAUGCCAUUGGAAUUGUCAUAGAGCUCACCUACCUGACAAUCUACAUGAUAUACGCGUCUAAGGGCGCCAAAAUGUUCACAUUGAAGUUGCUGGUGCUGUUCAAUGUACUCGGGUUCGGCAUCAUGUUGGCACUGACCAUGUGGCUUCUCAAGGGACCUCGACGUGUUAAUGCCGUGGGGUGGAUCUGUGCUGCCUUCAACCUUGCUGUCUUUGCCGCACCUUUAGGCAUAAUGAGGAGGGUGAUAAAGACGAAGAGCGUGGAGUUCAUGCCGUUCACUCUGUCGUUCUUCCUCACCCUGUGCGCUACCAUGUGGUUCUUCUACGGCUACUUCGUCAAGGACAUGUUCAUUGCACUACCCAAUGUUAUGGGAUUCUUGCUCGGGAUCACUCAGAUGAUCCUGUACGUGAUAUACAAGAACGCAGAGAAGAAGACACUGCCGACAAAACAACAGCAACACGAAGAGACGAAGUUAGGUUCGAUGGGCAGUGGAGACUUAUGCCCGACUGUGACUCAACCAAAACUCACUGAGAUGAACACAGUGUCAGACAGCAGCAGACCAGUUCAACCAAACGAAAACAAUGUUUGAUCUUGACAAUAUUCUACGUGACAUGAUUGUUAUACUAUAACAAAAAAAAGAUCCCAGACCUAGGAAAGGAAUUAUCAACCGUCGAUUUAGUUUUACGGUGGCUUUAUAUUUACGAAGAUAUUUAACUAAGGUUCAUGUACUUCUAUAUUUAUCCCAAAGUGAUUCACGUACCAUUAUGUAUUGCUAUAUGAAGAAAGCUGACCAUAGAAAUGAAGUGAAUUAAUUUUUACAGAUUUUCCAAGA